AUGGUGGUUGUUUCUUCAACAUUUUCGGUACCGGCGGAAGGUGUGUUAUUUCAAACACCCUCAACAAAAUUACUAAUAAAUGACCAGGAAUUGGGUACAGCCACACUUUAUAUCACAGAAAAUAAUGUAAUUUGGGGCGGAGGCGUAAGUGCAUCUGGAGGUUCAUCACCUACAAUAUCGCUUUUGUAUCCUAGUAUUUCGCUUCAUGCUAUACAGAGAGAACCUUCGCCAGCUUUGUAUAUGGUUCUGAACUAUGAACUAAGGUUACCAGAGUUAAACCAACCACAGGGACAGAUUGAUGAUGACGAUGAUGAUUUUGAUGCUGAUGAUCACCCCAUCACACAGCUCAGGUUCAUCCCCCAAAAUGAAUCAGAUCUUAACCCAAUGUAUUCUGCAAUGAGUCAAGGCCAAGCUUUGCACCCGGAUCCCGCUGAUGAAGUAGAUGAGGAAGAUUACAUGGAUGGUCAAGACUGCUUCACUGAGUGCGAUGAAGAGUUCGUGGAUGCAGAGGAGAGCGCGUCCCCGGAGGAGGCCGCGGCGCGUCUGCGGCAGAUGCGGCUUGAGAACAGUAACGGACAGUACGACGACUAUGAAGACGCGGAGGCAGCUGAAGAG